CCCUUCCCUUCCCUUCCCCAUCCAUCUAUCCAUCCCUCCAUCCCCCCACCCACCCACCCACCGCCCUCCAUGGGCCGGCGCUGCCGGCGCUGAGCGCCGGGAGGCAGCGCCCGGCCGCCGCGAUGAGCGGCGGGGAGGUGGUGUGCUCGGGCUGGCUCCGAAAGUCACCGCCGGAGAAGAAGUUACGGAGAUACGCAUGGAAGAAACGCUGGUUUGUCCUGCGCAGCGGUCGGAUGAGUGGCGACCCCGAUGUCCUGGAAUACUACAAAAAUGACCACUCCAAGAAACCUUUGCGUGUAAUCAACCUCAAUUUCUGUGAGCAAGUGGAUGCAGGCCUGACAUUCAACAAGAAGGAGCUGCAAGACAGCUACAUCUUUGACAUCAAGACCAGUGACAGGACCUUCUACCUGGUGGCUGAGACCGAGGACGAUAUGAACAAAUGGGUUCGCAGCAUCUGUCAGAUCUGUGGCUUCAAUCAGUCCGAGGAAAACACAGAUACCCUGAGGAGCAUCGCCUCCAUGAACCAUGCACCGCGGUCCUCCCCAGCAGAGCUCAGCAGUGCCAGCCACCAUCUGCUGCGAGAGCGAAAGUCCUCAGCGCCGUCCCACUCCAGCCAGCCCACCCUGUUCACCUUCGACUCACCUGCCAGCCACCUCCAGAGCACCCUGUCUGCCAGUGCCCCCCAAGACUACCUUUUUCUCCACCAGUGUAUGAGCAGAAAGUCAGAAAACGCAAGGAGUGCCAGCUUCUCCCAAGCCACGAGAUCUGCCUUCUUCAUGCGGAGUGACACAGCGGUCCAGAAGCUCUCACAGGGCAAUGGGCACUGCGUGAAUGGGGUUGGCGGGCAGCUCCAUGGCUUUUACAGCCUGCCAAAACCCAGCCGGCACAACUCGGAGUUCAGGGACAGUGCAUACGACCUCCCACGCGCCUUUGGUUCCUACACCCACCCCAAAUCGAGCCUCACCAGCUCUGAAACGGAUAACGAGGAGGUCUACACCUACAAGACUCCAAACAACACCCUAUGCAAGGAGUUUGGGGAGCUCUCCACGGACUCCUACGACAUCCCUGCCACCCCGCUCUCCGUCUACCAGAUCCCCAGGACAUUUACACUGGACAAGAACCACAAUGCUCUGGCUGUGGCUGCCAGUGACUCGGCCGCCGCGCCACCGCCGCGGCCCCCAAAACCGGGGCAGACGGAGCCGCGGUGGGGCAGCCCACCCCAGAGGCCCCAGCCCAGUGAAAGCUUAGGGCUGGCCCCCAUGGCAGCCACCAUUCCCCGGAGAAAUACACUGCCGACGGUGGAGAACAGCAGGCUGCACCGAGCUUCUUCUUGUGAGACGUACGAAUACCCCCAGCACGGGAGCAGCAGUGCUGUGCAGUCAGUCGAGUCGAUGAACGAUGGGUACAACUCCUACCUGCAAGCCAAGGCAGCAGUGGCCCGCUCCCACAGCACCGACUCCGAGGACAACUACGUUCCCAUGAACCCUGGUUCCUCACCCCUGAUCCACACUGAGAAAGCCAACGACAAUGCCCAAAAUCUCUACAUUCCCAUGAGCCCUGGGCCGCAUCACUUUGACCUGGUGGGGUUGUCCUCGGCCACCCUCCCCGUGCAUAAAGGAGGAGCCAUGGCACAGUGCCACAGACGGUUGAGUGAAAUCCAGCCCCCACCAGUCAACCGCAAUCUCAAACCCGACCGUAAAGCAAAGCCAUCACCAUUGGACCUGAGGAACAACACUGUCAUCGAUGAGCUUCCCUUCAAAUCGCCGGUUACAAAAUCCUGGUCCAGGCCAACCCAGACCUUCCAUGCCGGCUCUUUGCAAUACUGUCGUCCUGUCUCCUCCCAGAGCAUCACCAGCACUGACUCAGGAGACAGCGAGGAGAACUACGUGGCGAUGCAAAACCCCAUUUCUGCUUCUCCUGUUCCUAGUGGCACCAACAGCCCAGCACCUAAAAAGAGUUCAGGGAGUGUGGAUUAUCUGGCCCUGGACUUCCAGCCAAGCUCACCAGGGCCACACAGAAAGCCCUCCACCUCAUCGGUCGCCUCGGACGAGAAGGUUGAUUAUGUGCAAGUGGACAAGGAGAAGACACAGGCGCUUCAGAGCACCAUGCAGGAGUGGACUGACGUGCGGCAGUCCUCAGAGCCCGCCAAGAACACGAAGCAGUAGCACCUGGGGAAGGCGGCGAAACAGGCAAAUGUCUCAGCAGUUUUCCCCAGCUGGGGCCCCUCCAGGCUGCCAGCUCCACUUGGGCUGGAUUUCUAAGACUUGUCUGUGGAGGUGAGGGAGCCUUCAUAAUUUUUUUUCAUUUUAAGACAAAAAAAAAAAAAACUUAUUUUCAGGGGAAGACUUGGCGGAUACUGUUUGCCAGUGAUAAAGACCAACUACUUUCGGUGGCUAGGUUUGUGCUUUAGCUGCUGGAUGAACUAUCCAGGAACUUCAACUCAGCAAUACAGGUUUCACCCUACACAUCUUUUGCUUACAGCUAUUAAAGCCACCUUGUAUGUGCUAACACUGCAUCAUCUCUCCCCGUCUUCUAUUCGGUACCCCAAACCAUACCAUGCAGGUUUGCAGUAACUCUCACAGGACAUAAUUCCCCAGCUCUGAUUCCCCACUCCCUAUGGUUGCCUACUUCUCUACCUCCUCCCAGGCCCAAAACUGAGCAAAGACCAUUUCUUUUGAAAUCACUUUUGUUGUCCCAUCUCUUGUAAAUACUAUGUUCAAAACCUCUGAGGGCUAUUCUCCUGUUGGGACAGCCCCCAUGGUUCUGGUUGUGAUUGUUAACAUUCAGGAGCUUGAAAAACAUCCAGACUGUCCCACUGAGGUGACUUAGAAGCCCAAGACUUGCCCCAUCAUACACACACACAUAUAUGCCACCAUAUGCUCACAUACAUAAGUGCAUGCAUGAAACAGCCAAGUUUGCUGGUGUGUCUUCUGCUGUUGAUGUUCUCCAGCAUCUCUCAGAGUCAAUGGGCUGGAGAUACUGGCUUUGGGUGGCAGAAUUUAAGCACUAACCCACUGCCUAUCUGAAACCAAUUACCUGUGAAUCUGGCCCCAAGAACCAAAAUCUGCCCUUUGUGGCACCAAAAGAAACGCAUAGAGUGAGAGUCCUACAUCUGUUGCCGUCAUAAGAAGCUCUGUGGUUGAGUACGAGGUGGACAGGGAGGUUCUGGAGACCCUAUAUAUCUGGACUGGCAUGAGGAUGAGUGACAAGGGGCGAGUGGAAGGCUGUUGCAAGGACUGGGAGAAGUUGGAUGCUGUACUGCAGAGGCUGGUCUUGAGUGAGAAGGUCCUGUGGAAUGUAUCUUGGAGGAAAGGAGUAGAGUAAUUGGAAUGUUGGUUGAUGGUGAGGCCUUAGGCUUGGGAAGGGGCCAGUAAGGAGAGUCAGGGCAAGGUGUUUCAAUAUUAGCUUUGUUGUAGCAUUAUGGUUGGUUUGUGGUGCGUGCAAAGGGCUGGACUAGAUAUUUUCUCCCCAUCUUCAGCAAUGUUUCUUCAACACAAAAAUGGCGCUUGUUGAUGUUAACAACCCUAGGCUCUAAUUAUGGGCGGGAAUCUGCUGUUGCCCCUAUACAACAUCCUUGACACAUCCAGGCUUUGGGAUCGCUCCCCAGACAGCUGCCAGGCGCAGAGAGCCAAGAAGGAAGAGACAGUUUACUGCAGAGAUAAUAAUUCAUGAUCUCAUGAAAACAGGAAGGACUAGUGAUUGCCAUGGAGCAGUCUGAUUGCCAGACAGCAAGUGCUGACACGAAUAAACAGGCCAACUGCAAACCAACAGCCAAAUGAAGGAGACAUUAGAAAUAUUAGGUAAUAAUAUUUAUCAAAUAGCUGGAGCUAUUCUUUCUGCAAGCUGAACUCCUCCCAGCACCACAGGCUCUAUGUUCUACCAACACCACCAAGUUGUAUUGAUUAUUGACGCUUAAGCAUUAACACAUUUGUUUAAGCUUGGCCUGAGUCUGAAAAGAGCCAGAUGUCACCCACACAGGGACAGGAUAGCAGUCUCCUAAGAGCUGCAUGCUGGUAAAGUAAGUCUUGAACUUCCAACAGCAGUUUAUAUUUUCUUCUCAUGUGCCAUGAAAGGGAAGGAUAUUAAUGGAAAGCUCUGACACCCUUUUUAAGACAAUGAAGUGUUGGCCUUUUACAGAAAUAAUGAAACAAAUAUCCUAAUGCUCAUGGUGAAAAUAAUAAUCAUCUACAAAAAAAAAAAAAAAAAAGACCCAAAGGGGAAGAUUUAGCACAGCCAGAUGCUUUCUGAAGGUUGAGGAGUGUGUUAGAGCGUGCAAGGGCCCUUGCCUCUCGUUGGGGGCUUGCACGCUUUCAUAGUGAGAUAAUGAAAUUAAGACCAGAGUACAGUGCUUCAUAUUUCUAUAGCCCCUUUCAUCACUGUAUCUCAGGGGAGACUAAACAUUGGGCCUGACCCAGAGCCCACUGAAGCAUGCAUUCACCCAGCUGGGAGUGAGCUCUCCAUCCCCACCCAAAAGCAAAUGUGACUCAAGUGGGAAGCUGAUUUUUUUCGUAUUUCAUCCUCUAAAUUGUUAGGUGGACACAAAGGAAGGUGAGGUUGGGUCAGAAGGAUUAUGGUGCACUCUGGAUGUAUUUCCCUGCCAAAAUUGUGCUGUUCUCCUUUCACACUAAAACGCAGCCACCUCUGGGGUGGAUUGCAGCAGCAAUUUUGGGAAUAGCUCUUUAUGCUGCUUUGGGUCUCUCUCAAUAAAACAGUGCAACUACUCUCAAGAUGAAACUGAAAUCUUGAACUAGACCAAAAGCCUGGAGAAAUCAAGUGGUAGCCUGUGCUCAGAUUGAGUCUUUUUCUCCACCUGGGAGAUGGGGAACAUAACAAGUCCCAAAAGUACCCUGAAAGUGAGCAGGCGAGGGGGAGGCAGCAGCAGUAGUCAUUUCUGAUGGUGCAGUGGCUUGAGAGACAUCACAACGGAUUGGGGUGAAUUUUUCUGAGUCAGUGCCCUGUGCUUCUAUGCUGGGACUAGGUGCAUCCAGUGCCCACUCCCAAAGCAUUAAUAUUGGAAAAGCUCUUCAUGGUACCAAAGAAACUAGUCCUUUUUCUCCACAUCCCAUAAAUAUCUUCAUUUGUUUAUGGGGCAAGAUCUGGCACGGGAUAGUUCUUUUCCCAGUCUCAGCCCACCCUGUUUUGAUUUGCUUUCAUGAUCAUACCCAGAAAGUGACCCUUUGCAUUUGGCAGAGCAAGGACCAAAAGAGCCCCAAAGUAGCUAUUUUGCAGCUUCUGGUUGCUGGUCCCUCUCUGCUUUAAAGUGAGGCCUAUGUUUUCCCAGAAAGAUAUAUUUGUCCAUUUUUUUGGCCCUGCUAAUCACCAGGCAAAUGGCUCCUCCAAAUUAAAUAUCAGCCCAUAGACUCUAUCCAUUGCCACAGACAUGACUAUAUCAACCCCUCCUGAAAGCCGUUAAGUAAUCAAUUGCUGCAGUGGAAAUAGUCAUUCCUGAUGGUUGCCGAGCUGAUUACAGCAGUCCCUGAUGAUUAAUGUUUAUGCAGUAUUUAGUCUUAAACCAUAUUGAAAAGCAGCUGGUUUAAUUACAUGGACUGCCAAGAACUUUGUCCUGAAGGCAUUGAGUUUAUCACAUCCACUCUAUACUUGGAUGCUCAAGUAUGACUGACUCUUUUGUUAGAAAUAGGUAUUUUAGGAAGCUGAGAACAUUGCAAAUGAUUCAUUUUAAUUACAAUUAAAAUGGCUUGAGUCUUCACGUCAGAGCCUGCUCUUCAGCUCUGUGGUCCCAUUUAAGAAAAGGGAUGUGCUUGCAUAUGUGUGUGUGUGUGCGCGCUCAUGGAGAAGGGUUGCCUGUGGGACAAGCAUCAUGACCUCAGUAUUUAGUUUUAUGAAGUAUCAAGGCCAUUGCUCAAAUCUCUCUCUGAGCUUUAAAAUGACUAAGCUGGUGGUUUUAAAAGCAGUAGUCUCCAAAAGUGACUCCCUUGAUGUGAGUGUGCAACUGCUGCUCAUGGUUCCUCUGUCUGAUGAGACGUGUGAGCUGCCUUGAAGCUGAUUUGCUCUGAACUGACAUAUGAGUGUUUGGUGGGAAAUACAUUUCCAGCUCUAAGUGGAUGUCAGGCUUAGGCUUAGACUCAAGUCGGAGAAAGAAAAUAUGUGUGAGUGCAGAUUGUUCCAGAUCAAAGCUAAGUAUCUGUCAGAUAGGGCCAAAUCCAGAGCCAGAAUCAAAAGAUAGCUAAGGCUUGGGUUGACUGGGGUCUAACUGGGAUGGAUUUGGACCCAGGCCCACCAGCCACUGACUAAGGGUUAUAAAUGGGGUAACGUGGGGCUGGGAGGAGAGAAGGCAGGGGAGUUUGCCAUCAAGACUUGAGUCUUAGUCCUCACCACGUGCUGCUUUGGCAUGAGUCUCAAAGCGGAUAUAUAGAGAAGAUUUGUGGAUUAUGGAGUGAGGAUUUGCUCAGUAAAAGCCAUGCACUGGUGGGAGGGGAGCUCCCACCACUCUUGGGACUUACCCAGGGCACUUCACCCACAAAGGGGUCUUCUUGCCUGACAAUAUGAUGCCUCGGUGCUCUGGCUUUCAGGGAGCCCUGGUCCAUUCAGCCGGCUCUGAUCUGCGCAGAACCCCUACCAGAAAUGGAUGGGGACCCAGACAUCCUGGGAGACACCUUGCUGUGGGGCUCCAAUGAGAUGGUCAUGGGGCAGCGGUGCCAUGGCUUCACAGGGUUGUUCCACAAGGUGCCACCUCCAUCCUUGGAGCUUUUCAAGACCAAGCUGGAUCAACCCCAUACCUGACCCUGCUUGGAUCAGGAGGUGGGACUAGAGACAUCUCUUUCCUCCAAUUUACCCUGAGACCUUGUUCUACUGGGGCUGAGCAAAGACUUCUCCAUGUGAGGGAAGAGGCCCAAGGUAUUUCCUAGAGCCCUACAGCAUCCGAAACAGGACCAGGGCCUCUUCUCUGGCCAUGAAGCCAAGUGGCAAGGCACAGCAAAACCGCUAAGGCCAUUCCUCCUAGUGAGGGGACCUAAUCCACACUGGGGCCAUCAUUGCACCUGGGAGAGGGCUGGCUGGCCCAGUCCAAGUCAUCCAGGACACGGACACACAGUCUGAGAAACUGGGGGACAUCUUGAACCUGUAAACCUAUUAGGAUAGACAUCAAGCCAGAGCUCUCUGCAGUCCCACACCAGCCCCUACACCCUGGAGUCCCAGUCCCUUGAACAUAUCAGGAAGAGUUGGCUCACUUUGGCCACGCACUGAGCAUGGCUCCUUGGAAGGGGUAGAGCCAUGCCCAAGUGUUAUGUGGUGGUAGCCUUUGGUGCGAAGAUGUUCAAAUAGCUCUUAGGUCCUGGCCUAGGAGGCAAAUGAGAGGAUGGUUUUCUGAAGUCAUGCUUGCACUGUGUUGAUGUUUUCACGCCCCGUGAGGUUGCUGUUCUAUGUAAAAGUUGACACUUACCCACACUGUGUGUCCCAUUGGAGCAAUGUAGUCUGGAUGAGAUGAUGCAGUGGGGCUGUGCCAAUGGAGAAGCCCUACUUGUAAUGAGAAUGGUGAAAAGCAGCAUCCAAACCCAACCCCAGCCAAAGGACACUCAUUGCCAUUAAAGAGAUGUCAAAAAAUUCAGAGGGACCAGUCCAGCAGCAAAUCACAAAGGCCAAUAAAACAGUUUAGGGUCCCUGGUGAGUCUGCAUGCCUCUCUUCUCUGCCCAGAAAGCACCAACCUCCCCAUAUGUACUCAGUGAUCUUGCAAUUGUUAAUGAGGCUCUUGCAUGUAGAGACAUGCACCUUUUGGUCAUGAUUUCUCCUUGGCCUGAAGCAGUUCAUCCCUAUAUCAGCUUGUCCUUGGUGUCUCAUCCUUAUAGUCGCAAUUUUAUCUCCUUGUUUGCAACUCCUAGAGUUGUACUCUUUAUCAGGUUGCUACUUCAGUGGCUGCUUUUGAGAAAAGUUGGUAUGUAGCAAGGUGUGACCAGGGAACUCUCCCCCUGCCAACCCACAGCCAGCUGGUCCUGGCACAUGGUGUCCAAAUUUUAACACCAAACAGCAACAUCUGGAGCAGAAACUGGGCCACAUGGCUCCGUCUCUUGAGCUAAAAGAGUUUCUCAGUGGACUUGCUUUCAAUCAGCUGGCUUUUAAUUUUUUUAUGCAGCCUAUUGCUAACAUGUAAUGGGUUCAUUUGUAGGCCAGUGGGCUGACUAUAUGGGAGAGGUUUGCCCCAAGACCAAGAGAUAAGAAACCAUCUUUUUAUUUGUUGUUCUUUGGAUGACACCUCAUUUUAUUGUCAGGUGGGAUGAGGGGGUUCAGCUGAACUCUGUAUCCUGCUUUUUCUCCGGCUUGUAAAAUGAAGAUUUUUUAGCACUUAUUUCCCCACCUCACAGAUGCAUCAUGAGGUGUAGUUAAUUGACCUCUAAUAAUGCAAAGAGGUGUUUUGAGUCUGUAUGCAACAUCCAGGCAGCUUGUGGUGGUACCCCGUUGUCAUGCCCAGCAUCACAUGUGACACUGCACAUCCCACUCUGCAAAACUCAUUAAAAGCCCACAUCCUUAAUUACCAAGGUGGAAAAAACUCAGCAGAGUUUUCUCCUGAGCCAGGUGGGUGGGGGAAGAACCAUUUGCACAGUUUCAGUGUUCUGCUGCCACAUUGACCCAGAAAAUACCACGUUUUGUUUGAGAGCCCUUUGGACGUGGUGGCUGAAGCACAUCGCGGAGAGGGGAAGGAAGCAGGCCCCUGGGCUCCAUGGGGAGCUCGUUGAUGAACCCCGUAGGGUUAGGACCAAACCUUUAGAUUAGUUACGUCCCACUCAACCCAGCCCUUGGCAAAGUCAAGAGGUUGACUUCGGCCAUCGUUGCAUGGGAACACACCCAGCCACAUUAGGGUAGUUUUCUCCAUUUGUUUCUUAACCUGCUGCGAGGGGGGGUCGGAGCCGUGGCUUUGAAGCCGUUGCAUCGGCAGCCAAUUCGCACAGAUGUUUUUGUGUGUUUAAAAGCCUAUGACUGUUCUUAAAGAGGAGUAUUUUUUUUUUUUUUUCCAUUUGUAGAAGGAAGGACAAGAGUAAACUGUGGCAAACUGUACAGUACGUGUCUUCUUGUGGUGUCACUGUUUGAAUGGUUAUUAAGUUUUCAAAUCACUGUGGACAGCUAAUCACUUAAGUUAUUAAUUUAUUCUUCGGGGUUUUGUUGUUUGUUUUUUUUUUUAAGUAAUUUGAAACAAUUAUUUAUCCUGUAAAUUGAUCUUGAGUGAAGCCUAGAUAAUACUUUUUUUGCUGUUAAUAAACAUGGUACAUGCCUGACGUGAAGGUGAUCUCAUUUUUAAGUACUGUAUAUGCAGCAGGAAAGCAACAGGAAAAUAAAAGAAUGAUAAAAAGA